GCUUCCGGUCACCACCGGAAGUUCUCGUUAGAGCUGGUCGGGAAGAUGUCUCCCGCCGUGGCGGCAGCCGCGACAGGCCCUGGUUCAGCAGCAGAGCUAUUCUUACAGAGGCUGGAGCAAGUGGCAGCUGACGGAGAAGGCGGACUCUGUAGCCUGGAAGCAGCAACAGCGCUUGGCCUGGAACACCAAGUCUUGGUCGGUGCCGUGAAGAGUCUUCAGGCGCUAGGAGAGGUGAUCGAGGCUGAGCAACGUACAUCCAAAACAUGGGAAUUGACACCUGAGGGCCAAGAGAUUAUUCAUGAAGGGAGCCAUGAGGUCCGAGUAUUUAAUAGCAUCCCCUCUGAGGGUCUGCUUCAGAGUGAACUCAUGAAGCUGCCAAGUGGAAAGGUGGGAUUCAGCAAAGCAAUGUCCAACAAAUGGAUCCGUCUAGACAAGAGUUCAGAAAAUGGCCCUCGGGUAUUCCAGGCAGUAGAAUCUGUUCAGGACACUGUAAAGGAAAAACUGCUUCAAGUUCAGAAGGGAGAAGCUAACUGUUUAGAAGAGAAAGAUAAAAAUGAACUGAAGAAACGAAAACUCUUAGCAGAAGUGACCAUAAAGACAUAUUGGGUUAAAAAAGGAAGUGCUUUUAGCACGACUAUUGCUAAACAAGAAACAGAUCUUACACCAGAGAUGAUUGCCAGUGGUUCUUGGAGAGAUUUGAAAUUCAAGUCUUACAAUUUUGAGGCACUGGGCAUUAUGCCUGAAAGUGGCCAUCUCCAUCCAUUGCUGAAGGUCCGCACUCAGUUUCGGCAGAUCUUCCUUGAAAUGGGUUUCACAGAAAUGCCCACCAAUAAUUUCAUUGAGAGCUCCUUCUGGAACUUUGAUGCCCUCUUUCAACCACAGCAGCAUCCAGCCCGAGACCAGCAUGACACUUUCUUUAUGAAGGAUCCUGCUGAAGCAAUUGAUUUUCCCAUGGAUUAUUUGAAGAGAGUAAAGAGGGUGCAUUCACAAGGAGGGUACGGUUCUCAAGGUUACAAAUAUGAAUGGAAACUGGAGGAGGCUCGGAAGAAUCUUCUUCGGACACACACAACAGCUGUCAGUGCCCGGAUGCUCUAUCAGCUGGCACAGCAGGAGAAGUUCACACCAACCAAAUACUUCUCCAUUGAUCGGGUCUUCAGGAAUGAGACACUGGAUGCUACACAUCUGGCAGAGUUCCACCAGAUUGAGGGUGUGGUAGCUGAUUAUGGUUUGACACUAGGGGAUCUUAUGGGUGUCCUGAAAGAAUUCUUCACCAAACUGGGAAUCACACAACUACGCUUCAAGCCUGCUUACAAUCCUUACACAGAGCCCAGCAUGGAGGUUUUCAGCUACCAUCAAGGAUUAAAGAAAUGGGUGGAAGUGGGAAAUUCAGGAGUCUUCCGCCCAGAAAUGCUGCUGCCUAUGGGCCUGCCUGAUGGGGUGUCUGUCAUUGCCUGGGGGCUAUCUCUGGAACGACCCACCAUGAUCAAGUAUGGCAUCAAUAACAUCCGGGAAUUAGUUGGUCACAAAGUCAAUCUGCAGAUGGUAUAUGACAGCCCGCUUUGCCGCUUGGAUGCCUAGAAUGCUUAGAAACCUGCUGCUCUCUUCAAAUCUCCUUAUUUAUUGCCACUGCUCUUUGCCAGUGAGCAGAUUGGACCUCUGUACUCCACACUGCUUGCUGCUGUAGGGAAAGUAGUAAGACCAUCGGGAAGGCACCUAGUCUUCAUUUAGCAACAUCUCGGAUCAAGAUUGAAUGGAUUCUCCUAGUGGUAGUCCUAUUUAUGUGCACAUUAAAUAUGUCUCAACAUGAAAUUGGAAUGUGGUAAUUCAAAUGAAUAAGGGCAGUUUCAGUUAUCUGAUUUGCUUGUAAUGCAACUGGGCCAUCAUGCCUUCAAGGUCUCUUGAAUGAAAAAAAAAAGAUCUCUCACUACCUUCCUUCAUUGUUUCAAUAAAGUUCUGGCAAUUUUUUUUAUUUUUAACAGUUACGAGUAAAAGAAAGAAUCCUAAUGUGCAAUGGGAAUCUGUGAACCAGCAAUGGAGAUGGAAAAAAGCAGCAGCUGCUUGACUAACCAUUGAUUUAUGAACUAAAACAUCCCAAUUAAUGACCAUAAAAAAAGUUUCAGAAGGGCAGUCUCUAGGCUGAUGUUAAAAGGUGGAAUCACUACAACAAAGCAAUCCAUAGCUUAUUCACCUAUUUACCCUGCCUCUUUUUGCUAUGAUGAGACUUUCCCUUUCAGUUCUGGGAGCCUUGUUUGGCAUAGCCUUGUUCUGUAAAACUAUUUUGUCUUCAUCUUUGUAGUCCCGAUGUCAUAUGUGGAGCUGUUUCUAGGGUUAUAUGUACUUCCUCAGCCUGGGUCGGGGAACAUGUGCAGGUAGGAUUUCUGGUCAAAAAUGAAGGCUGGAAACCUGAAACAGUUGAGGGCUCUGGUUCAUCCUUGUCUGGAUCCUCUGGCUGUGGCCCCAACAGGCAGUCUAGAAAGAUAAAUAGAAGAGAGCCUAUCAAGCAGCCUCAGAGACUCUGUUUUAUCCUAAUCUUUGUUGAGUAGUAGUAAACAUGACACAUAGCCACACCAUGUAAUUAAUAAACUAUAGGUAAAUUCCUAUAAUAAAGGAAAGUUGGUAGAUUGAUCAUAAUAAAAUAAGACAACUUUCUGUGACAGCUUCAGACUUUUAUGACUGAAAUAUAUCUUGCAAAUCUGUGCUCUACAAGUUCCAUAUUAUUGUCAUUCCCCAUGCUUGAAUAUAGCAUGUAAGUUAAUUGAAAGUGUAGGGGUUAGGAUAAUUAAGUUAAAUUCCUAGCUCUGCAAUAGUAAAAAGUUUAAUGGUUGUAGUUCAUUGGUAGUUAUCAACUGAGUUUUAGUGUUAUAGCACUUAACAGAGGAAUUCUAGUGAUUUCCUGCUACCUUUUUCCAGGUCAGGGAAAAGGCCUGAUUUUGAGGAAGGGAGGGAUCAAGAAUUCCAGAAAACGUUGGAAAUAUUCUUCAAGAGAAGCAACUUCCUCCAGUGUUGAAAGGAAAGCAAAACAUAUGAGCCAUUAGUUAUUUUUUUCAAAUAACCUAAAAAUCUACAAAUCUCAGAAAUCCAAAGCCUGUGUGAUAUUAUCUGUCAUGACCACAUUAAAACUGAAUUCAGUGAAAAUUGCCACCUCUUCUAGAUUUUAGUAUUUAUGACACAAUUUGCAGUAAUUAUUAUUAUGGUUCAUUACACAAUCAACUAGAUGUUUACACUGGAUUUGGUGUUUUUACCCACUUAUCGAGUCCUUCCCUAAGAGUUGAGAUAAGUUUUUUAAUGGUGUUAUUUUUACGAUUUAGGAGUAAAUCAAAGGGAGUAGUGUAUAAGUUUUCUUAUAUUCUGGGCCCCGUAACUGAGUAUGGGAUUUGAAGCUAAUCUCUUAAGAAAUGACAUGAACUUGCAUAUAUCUCAUGCACCUCAACUUCUGCAAGAAGAGAAGAAACCACAAUUACAUGUCAGUAGUAUGAAGUAAUAGGUAUGCUGGGGAUAUCCUUUGGUCCACGCUUGAAAAUGUAUUCCUUUGUUUUGGACUUCAAGUUUUGCAAUGCAAUAUCUGGCUUUAAAUAUUACUAAUGUGUAUAUUAAAUGUAUAUUUGCCAUAAAAGCAUAUUAAAAUAUA